AUUUUCGUAAGAAGUCACAUUUGUUAAAUAUUAUUAAUCAAGACCUAUGGUUUCUCUGAUCAAUCAAAUAUUAAUUAAUCUAUACAUAUGUAUCUGGUAAAACAGGCAUGCGUAGCUGUAAGAACUCUUGAUAUGUGCAGCAAAAUAUUUAUUUUUGGAAUCGAAUUAACACGCUACGAAACGAAUCAUCAAAACUCAACAUUUCAAUACUAAAUAUAGGAAGCUAAGAAGAAAAAGUGUCGCUCAUAACAAAAAAUAACAGUUCUACUAUUUCUUUUUUACUUUUAGAAAGUUUGCUUUAAGUUGUUACAACUUACAAACUUUUUAAGUUCUUCAAGAACUCACACUAAAUAGAAAACAUAAAACUAACUUCUUUUUUGGUUAAACAAAAACUAACUCGAUCACUGCGAUAUAUAAACUCCAUCUAUAGUACACAAAUCAUCAAACACAACAAAGCUUGUUCUCACAAUCUCAACCUUUUCACAGAAACUUUCUUCUUGAAUCUUGAUUCUUAUCACGAAUCAAGAAUCAUGGUUAAGUUCUUGAACAUCGCGUUGAUUUUACUCUUGAUCGUUUUGUUUGUCGCAAAUGUCUUGGAGGCCACGAAACUGAAUGUGAUGGACAAAUGUUGGAGACCAAACCCCCAUUGGCGUAGAACCCGCAAUCAGCUUGCGCGGUGUUCAGUCGGAUUUGCCGGAAAAAUGACGGGAAAUAUCGGUAAAGGAGUGACACAAUACAAAGUAACCGACCCUUCUGAUGAUCCUCUGAACCCUAAACCUGGAACCCUAAGAUACGGAGCAACACUCGUCAAAGGUAAAAAAUGGAUCACAUUCAAAAGAAACAUGAAGAUCAAGCUUCAUAAACCGCUUCUAAUCAGCAGCUUCACGGCACUCGAUGGUCGAGGUGCUAGUGUUCACAUCUCGGGUCCUGCUUGCCUCAUAGUCUAUAAAGCCACCGAUGUGAUUAUUCAUGGACUUAAGAUCCAUGAUUGUAAAGCUCAUCCACCGAGCUCAGUGAUGGGACCAGACUCAAAGAUCAUUCAACUUGGACAAGUUGACGGCGACGCGAUUAGGCUAGUCACGGCUAAGAAAGUAUGGAUCGACCACAACACGCUCUAUGAUUGCGAAGACGGUCUUCUAGACGUCACACGAGGGACUACUGAUGUCACAGUGUCGAACAAUUGGUUUAGGAACCAAGACAAGGUCAUGCUUCUUGGACAUGAUGAUGGCUAUGUAAGAGACAAAGAAAUGAGAGUCACUGUUGUGUUUAACCACUUUGGUCCUAAUUGCAACCAGAGAAUGCCAAGAGUGAGACAUGGAUAUGCUCAUGUUGCCAAUAACUAUUACCAAGGAUGGACUCAAUAUGCAAUUGGAGGAAGCAUGAGCCCUCGAGUAAAGAGUGAAUCAAAUUAUUUCGUGGCACCAAAAUCCGGAAGCAAAGAGGUGUUGGAAAAGCACGGCCCAAUUACGGUCCAGAUCAAAGGUUCACUGUUGCAAACGCUAAGACUGUUAAAGAACUCACUUCUUCAGCUGGAGCGUUACACUGCACCAGAAAUUCCGUCUGUUAGAACAACAACAACGCUUAACAUGACUUUUUAGCGUUUCAACAUUUCUGCGUUUU